AUGGAGGGAGAGACAUUACCAGAUCCUUCUAUCUCCCCAACACUGCGGCUACAGACCACCGCGAUUCCCGGGUAUCCUGUGCCGUCUCUUUCUCCCUCCUUCAAGCUGGAUGAAGGCUACUCAGACGAGACCCGAAGCCCGUCAGACAAAGAUCUCGCGUCAAACCAUGCCAUGAUGCUUCCAGACUGGGUCCUUGCCCAGAGCGAGGCCAACAGAUCUGAACUCGCGUAUAGUCUUCUUCGAUCACUUCCCACCUCCAUGGUCGCUGCGGUGGUCGAGCGACUCAACCCGCUACUUCACAUGGAUCCUGUUGCUAUGCUACCCCCCGAACUCACCUCGGAGAUCUUCUCCUACCUCGAUCCACGCACCCUCCUGAGAGCAUCACUCGCAUCUCGUUCCUGGCGAAGCCGCAUUCUUGACUCUGGUCUAUGGAGAGUGCUAUACAUUAAUGAAGGUUGGCGCGUGGAUGUGCGCGCAAUUCGCAACUUUGAGCAGGAAUGCUCUGAGUCUAUAUCACCACAGACCCGCAAGUCGCGCCCACGUCUCUCGGAGCCGGAUCAAGGGGAACCGAAACAUAAGAAGCGCGUGCCCCCGACUUGGCUGGACUCACGAAACGCCGAAGGUCAAGGUAUGGUGGCGGUCGACAGUCAAGCACCCACCGAAGCAGAUUACGAGGGCGACCAUCACAUGGUUGAUGCCAACGAUCGCGGUUUGCCCUUGGUGGCGAACGGUCCAGGGUUGGCGCCGACGAGACAAGCUUUCUCGCCUCUCCACCCACCUCUCAAAUCCACCCUCCUUACCCGCUCUCCAAAUGGGACUGCCAAGAUGAACUGGGCGCACCUUUACAAACAACGUCGACGCCUCGAGGCGAAUUGGCAGCAUGGUCGAUUCACAAACUUCCAACUGCCUCACCCGUCUCACCCGGAAGAGGCGCACAGGGAGUGUGUGUAUGCGAUUCAGUUUGAGGGGAAAUGGCUAGUCAGUGGGAGUCGGGAUCGAUCAGUGCGCGUUUGGGACUUGGAGACGAAACGCCUGUGGCACCGUCCAUUAACAGGACACUUGAAGUCAGUGUUGUGCCUCCAGUUCGAUCCAAGCCCCGAAGAGGAUGUUAUCAUCUCUGGCAGCAGUGACCGGACCAUCAUUAUGUGGAAGUUUUCAACCGGAGACAAGGUCCAUCAAAUCACCAACGCCCAUGCUGACUCAGUGCUUAACCUGAAGUUUGACCACCGAUAUCUGGUUACCUGUUCCAAAGAUCGGACAGUGAAAGUGUGGAACCGGAAAGAACUUAUGGCCACGGACGAGAACUAUCCUCGCAUCUGCAAAGGAGCUGGGGCCACCUAUCCCUCGUACAUCGUCGAUCUCAACGAGAUGUCGCCCAGUGUGCUUGACGCCAACAUUGCCAACGAGCACAUCAAAGCUUUAAUGCCUUAUUCCCUCCUGAUGACAGUGGAAGGGCAUGGUGCGGCAGUGAACGCCAUGCAGAUCCACGGCGACGAGAUUGUGACGGCCUCAGGCGAUCGUAUGAUCAAGGUCUGGAAUAUCCGCACGGGUGCCUGUUUGAAGACGUUGAUGGGCCAUGAAAAAGGCAUUGCAUGUGUCCAAUUCGAUAGCCGACGGAUCAUCAGUGGCAGCAACGACAACACUGUACGAAUUUACGACCAUAUCUCCGGGGCUGAGGUGGCAUGUCUCCGAGGUCAUAAUAAUCUAGUCCGUACCGUUCAGGCAGGGUUUGGCGACCCCCCGGGAGCAGAUGAAGCAUUGCGGCUGGAGGCGCUGGCGGUCGAGAAUGACUUCUGGAAUGCCCAGCGGACUAGUCUGUCCGUCGAACUUGGACCACGGGCUCUGCGCCGUGCCGGCCACUACUCCAACACUGCGGGGUCUCGUGAUCCUCGCGACAUCCCGGCUCUUGGGGCAAAGAUCCCGCCUGGCGGCGGCGGCAGUGCCUGGAGCCGUAUCGUAUCAGGGUCCUACGACGAGUCAAUCUUGAUUUGGCACAAGGAUCGGGAUGGCGCGUGGUCAAUUGCGCAUCGACUGCGUCAAGCUGAUGCCGUGACCAACGCUGCCCGUGAUCAGCUCAGUCCAGUUGCGCAAGCCACUCUCUCUGCCCAGGCCCAACAGCUGCAAGCAGCCCAGGUUCUCAUGACACUCCCGACGGCCCAGGGCACCAACACCACCGAAAAUGCAGAGGCCGGCCAGCCUGUACCUAAUACGAACCCAGCCCCUAAUCCCAGACAGCAAGAUGGCCCUACCGACCAAAAUAACACACAGGCCCACGGCGCCCAUGGUCCUCCUGCUCCAGCUGUACCCGCUCCCACUAAUGGAGCGGCCGUCCACCCAAUGGUUGCCGCCCAUCACCAUCAUCAUCACGUCCAUGCUCACCGCCAUGCCAACCGACCCCACGCACCACAGGCCACUCCGCCAACUUCUCGGGUUUUCAAGGUCCAGUUCGACUCCCGCAAGAUCGUCUGCGCCAGCCAAGACCCUCGAAUCGUGGGCUGGGACUUUGCAUGCGAUGAUGACGAGAUCACUGAAGCGUGUCCAUUCUUCCAAGGACUAUGA